AUGUCGCCUGGGCUGGGGAUACACCUGCAGUGCAAACACGUGACUAAGCAUCUUCCUAUCCCGGGCCCUCUCCGCAUUGGGCCCAAGGAAGCCCCUCCAGGGGACUUCAGUCGCCCAUCCACCUACCGAGCCCCUCAUCUGCAGCGGCAGCCUCGCUCCCAGGAUGCCCCAGGCUCUGCUCAGGCAUGGCCCCUAGACCCUCAGGAGCCCCCGAAACAUGAUGACCUCCGGCCACAGGCCAGCUGCCAGGAGGCUUCAAGACCCCAGAUAAGCGCCCGGCUGGCCAUGCCCCAGGGACAGAGGACCCAGGGGUACGCAGAUGGGAGCAUCCCAGCUGGUCCAGGCCUCUGCUCCCCCAAGCUCCUUCUCCCUGGCGGGCAGCUCUUCUGGGUUCCUGAGGUGCUGUGCAGCCCCUUCCCUGGCCCGGGGACCCCAGAGCCUGAGAUGAAAGAGGAGUGCUUCCAUGGAGGGUCCCAGUGCAGGCUGGGGGGCGCUGGCCCUCAGGACGCCAGGCCCCCAAGACAUAGGGACCAGAAGGCCCAGCUCUGCCUCCAUGGUCCAGCAGCCCCAAAGCCCCUGCUCAGAAGCCAGCGAUGGGAGGGCAGGGCCUGCCUGUGGGACCCACCUUGGGCACAGCAAUCACCAGGCCCUGGGCAGACAGCAGCGCAGCCUGUAGGUCCAGGGCUGGGGAACAGGCAGGUGACAACCAGUGUCCUACUUUCCUGCAUUAAAACCCAAAUCAACAGGACAGAGAAGGACCCGGAGGAGGGGGACCUGAGGAAGCCAGGUGGGCGCUCAGCCUGCUUGUCGAGGUCGGGACAGCACCACCAAACUCACCUCCGCGCGCCCCGCGGGGCCCAGGAGACUCGGUCCUCCCUGGGCUCCCCCAGGCCUGGGGUGAUUGUUGGAAUGAAGCGGGGAGAACACGAUGAGACCCCAGCCCUGGAGGUGCCCUCGGCAGAAGCCCGAGAGCAAAGCUGGGAGAUUCGUGGCUGGACAGCACCACCUCGUGGACACACUGGAGAUUACCAAAGUCAAACAGUCAAUUGGUUCUUGGUUCUGGGAUCCUCUUAAUUGGGUCUUAGCUGGGGCUUUCUUUCCCUUUCCCCAGCAGCAGGGACUUUGUGACUAUCAGAAACACCUGCCAGACCUGGGUCUGGUGAGACCCCGUCUCUAC